CGUCGACAGUCGAUGCAUGAUAUUUCUCCAGCCGCUCACAAGCUCCCAUGUCGCCAGCCACGGUUACAGAACAGAAUGGCACAGAAGGUAUAGCGCCUCCUGGACGCCCAACUUACAAAAUCGCCUCCAUCCCGGCCGAUGGCAUCGGGCCCGAAGUCAUCUCCGCCGGAAUCCAGGUCCUCGAAACAUUAACAAAAGAACUAGAUACAUUUGGUCUGGAAUUUGGACAUCUUGAUUGGGGCAGUGCGUACUAUAGGAAGAAUGGACAGUAUCUCCCCGACAAUGCGCUGGAUAUUUUGAAAGGAUACAAUGCGAUCUUAUUUGGGGCUGUCGGUGAUCCUGAAAUACCCGAUCACAUCUCACUCUGGGGCCUCCGUCUCGCCAUCUGCCAACCCCUCCAGCAAUACGCCAAUGUUCGCCCGACCCGGAUCCUCCGUGGCACUUCCUCCCCUCUCAGAUCCUGCUCCCGCAGAGACCUCGAUUGGGUGAUAGUCCGCGAGAAUUCCGAAGGUGAAUACGCCGGGCACGGCGGCACCUCGCACCUGAACGAAGCCUGGUCCGUCGCGACAGAGGUCUCGAUCUUCACGCGGCACGGCGUCGAACGCAUCAUGCGGUUUGCGUUUGAGACGGCGCGGUCGCGGCCGCGCAAGAGGCUCACGGUCGUUACCAAGAGCAAUGCUCAGCGCAACGGCAUGGUGUUCUGGGAUCUCUGCGCGUCGAAAAUCGCCGCCGAGUUCCCGGACGUGGAAUGGGAUAAGAUGCUCGUGGAUGCGAUGACGACGCGCAUGGUUCUGCAUCCCGAGACCAUCGACACGGUGGUCGCGACGAACUUGCAUGCGGAUAUCCUGAGUGAUUUGGCGGCGGCGCUGGCGGGGAGUAUUGGCAUUGCGCCGACGAGUAACCUGGAUCCGACGAGGGCGAACCCGAGUAUGUUUGAGCCUAUCCAUGGGUCGGCGUUUGACAUCACGGGGAAGGGAGUCGCGAAUCCGGUAGGCACUUUCUGGUCCAGUGCAGAGAUGUUGAGGUGGCUCGGGCAGGGGGAGGCAGCGGACUUGUUGAUGGAGAGCGUGGAGAAUGUGUUGGAGGGAGGUGUCAAGACAUUGGACUUGGGCGGCAAGAAUACGACGAAGGAGGUUACUGAUAAGGUCUGUGGGGAGAUUGAGAGGUUGAUCAAGAGCAAAAAGGAGAGGGGGAUUUGAGAUAGGAUUUGAUCAGUGAUGGGUUUUGUUGUCAAUGAUACUUUAUGUAACUUUUAAUGACCCUCUCUAAUGGCUCCAGAUCAAUGAUAUACCCACUAUUAGAGACAAUUCCGAG